AUGGCCAUGGCUCGGCCAAUCUCCUCGCUGGUGCCGCGAGCGCGACCCUCAGUAGGCAAGCCCGAAGACACCGCCGCGCUUCUCGAAGAGUUCAUGGGCUUCGUAGCCACAUUUUUCCACGAUGCGAGUCCAGCAGCCUCGCAGACAGCCCAUGUUGCUGCACGAGGCCGCACUCCAAGCAGACGCUGGUUCCAUGCCCAGCGUCAACUGUCCAUGGACAGGACCGCACCCGCCUCGUCGCCGUCUCACAGCAAUCUGCAGCAACAGACGCCCCAGGCAAAUUCUAGUCGGGCUCGUGGUUUUCACAACUACUUUGUCACCCACCUCCCUUCGUCCUCCCUACACCCCGACUCGAGAGUCGUCAGCGGUCCGCACCACAAGCUUCCUCGUGCCGCUUCGACCCCGCAUACUCCUGGGCCCGGGUCCUCGACUCCAGCAUCGCCUCCGAAUAUGCUGUCCCGCGACCUGACCGUGGUGCGUAUACCAUUGCGCAGUGCAAAGCACCACUUCGGGGCCUUCAGCGGCCGGGGCAGCCGUCCGUACAACGAGGACACAGACCAGGCUGGCACAAUCGACAUACCGGCUUUCGCCAAGCGGGCACCCAUGAACUUGGUCAGGAGUGAGAGGAGGAACAACGCUGGCGAGGCGACAACUGCGGACAGCUCGUUUGGAGACCCUCAGAUAUUCUAUUUUGGCGUGUUUGACGGCCAUGGUGGCUCUCAGUGCGCCGAGUUCCUCAGGGACGAGUUGCAUGGCUACGUUGAGGAGGCUGCCAAGGAGUUCGAGCUGAAGAGUAGUCUCAGGAAAAAGAACAAAGCAGCCAAGGGACCGUCAGAUGAUGCCAGCAGCCCAGAGCCGCUGAAGCCUCCUGGAGGAUCCAAACAAGAGGCUUUGGAGGGCAUAGAUAUCAAGAGUCCAGACGAGGUUAAGGCUCAGAUGAAGGAGACAACUGCGACACAUGGCAAGAUACCGACCACCCCAGGCCAGGAACCCGUUCCGGUCAAAGCGGAUCUUCCAAAGGCCAUCAAACUAGAGAAGGAGCUUCUUGACGAGUACAAGAGGACCAUUGGUGGUUACUUCAGGCGAUUCAGACCAGCUCUUUUCGAUCCUGGCAGCUCUUCAGCCGUCACCACCAACGCAAAACCGGCCAAACCGAAGGUUUCCAUAGAAUCGAUCCUGACCUACGCCUUUCUCCGCGCUGACCUUGACUUCGUCACCGCCCAGGCCCGCAAGCCUGACCCGGACGACCCGUACGUGAGCGACAACCAGCCGCUCAACCAGGACGAGGUGCUGGGAUCCUCACCGCACUCCGCCCCGUCGGGUCAUAAGAUCGGCGGGCCCACGCGCUUCAAGGGCGGCAGCACGGCGUCCAUCGCCCUGAUUUCGACGCCCACGCCAGCGCCGUACUGGCACCCGGCGACGCACAGCACCGUUGUGGUCGCGCACGUCGGCGACACGCGCAUCCUGCUGUGCGAGACGGCCACGGGGCUGGCGGUGCCGCUGACCAGCGACCACCACCCGUCCAGCCCCACGGAGAGCCGCAGACUGGCGCGGUUCGCCGAGUCGGUGACGGACAGCUUCGGCGAGGAGCGCAUCGGCGGGCUGGCCAACAGCAGGUCGUUCGGCGACAUGCAGUCCAAGCGCGUCGGGGUCAGCGCCGAGCCGGAGCUGACGCGCCUCGACCUGGGUCCCGCGCAGUACUCGUUCCUGGUGCUGAUGAGCGACGGCGUCAGCGGCACGCUCAGCGACCAAGAGAUCGUGGACGUGAUCAAGGAGGCCAAGACACCCGAGCAGGGGUCCAAGAGCGUCGUGGAGUACGCUAACGAGGUGAGCCACAACGGUGACAACGCCACCUGCCUCGUGGUGCGCCUGGGGGGCUGGGAGAGGAGGAGCGAGGGCGGCCUCGGCAGCCUCGGGACCAAGGAGAUGCGCGAUGCUAGGAGGGCCGAGGCCCUCGAUCCUCGACGGGGUAGGAGAUGA